AAAUACCAUCAUGCUUAUUUUUGCCGAGGAGAAGAAUAAUAAACUAGUCCCUUUGCAAAAAGUCAUAAUCAAUGCGUGUGUCGUUGAUAUGAUAGCAGAAGUAAAUAUUGUUCAAGUAUAUCAAAACUUGGAAGAAGACAAAAUAGAGGCCAUUUAUAAGUUUAUGGUUAACGACACUGCGGCAGUUUGCGGGUUUGAAGCCACAAUAGAUGAAAGAAAAUUUAUAGGGAUACAAGGUUAUUGGGCUAGUUUACUUGAAGAACAAGAUUCAGAUGUAUUAAAAUGUUCCGUCGGUAACAUUAUGCCUCGCCAAAAAGUUGAAAUCAAAAUUAAAUAUGUGAUUGAACUUCAGAACGAUGCAGAAUCCGAUAGUGUUCGGCUCAUUUUACCAGCUACCAUUGCUCCAAAAUAUGGCUCCUAUUAUUUUAAUCGUAAAAGGGAUACCAAAAUUUCAGAUUCAUCAGAUUAUUCCCCUAUUGAGUUUUUUAUAACUUGUAGGAUGAGUUCAUCAAUAAAUAGCAUCAAAUCUCCUUCUCACCCUGACCAUAUUUUUAUAGAUGAUAAAGACAAUGAACAAGGAAUAUCUAAAGUUACAUCUAACAAAGAUCUUUAUUAUUUGGAAAACGAUUUUAUACUUCUUAUUAAAAGCCAAGACAUUGGUAAACCUAG